GCAGUGGAUGUAUCGAUUCAACUUUAAUUUUCAUGACCUACGAAUGUGGCACAAAACUAUGUCGUACGCAUUUUCUCUUAAGAGAAUAAUCCAACAAGACAAUAAUCACACAAACUAUGACGGUGACGAAUCGGAAGAAACUAAACGAUGUUCGUGCAUCAUAUAUGUCUGUCGGAAGCAAUUUAAUUAACAAGCAAAAUACCGUUGAGUCUAAAUUUUCCACAUCACCAAAUUCAUACUGCAGCAAAGAUGUUCUUGAAAAUUAUGUUCCUAUGACACCAGAGGAUUCAACUGCUUCAUGGUUAGAUGCGGAAGAUAGUUAUCAAGUCACCAAUUUUAUAAAUGAAGCACAACGCAUACUCCACGAUGAAGAAAAUUUUUCUGAUGCAUGUCACAAUCGACUACGCUCUGAAUAUGAACAAUGGAAACAAAUUCCACACCUAAGAAUAAUUGGAAAACGAAUCGAAUAUUCACGAGAAAAGACUCAGGAGGAUGAUAAACAAAAAUGCAAGGCUCGCAGUAAACCGUCAACCGCUAACAACAGGGAUUUAGAUUUAUUGCGAGAUCGGGUUGUAAAGAUCAUGACGGAAACGUUAUGGCAACGAAUAUUAGACAAAACUAGCAUCAAAAGCGUAUGCCAAAGACAAUCUAUGUUAGAAUCGCGACGAAAUUCUUCUGGUCGAAUAGAGUCUGCAUUAAUUGUUUCAUCGAUACUACCAACUAGCAGACCGUCAAUAAUGUUUAAAUCGUCCCGUUCAAAUUUAGAAACAAUUAACCAAAGUGGACUUGUGUGCCAACAACAAAAUAACAAAGAACAUAAAAAAAAAAAGUGGCCAAAUAACAACGUAAAUGUUUUACCACCUAUCGAAACCCAUCAAAUGAAGAUAGUAGACAAGAAAAAACGCUGGUUUUCCGCCGUUAGCACGCCUGGGAGAAACCACGUAUUACCGAGACCAGUGACUUCAGUUGCAACUCACGUCAACACUUCGAUUAACGUGUGUUUUGAAAUAUCGAUCGAUGGCAAAAGUAUCAAAAGCUUAAAGAAAAAAGGUUACUGUUCCCCAUCGUGAUUAUACAACGGGCAUAAAAAUAUUCCAUGAACGCAUUUACCUAAAAAAAAAAAAAAAACUAUAAUACGUUAAAAACAAAAAUUUGUUAAAGAAAACAAUAAAGAAAAUAUUUUAUCAAUACAAUAUAUUAUAGGUAUAUACUCCGAUGUUAUAAUAUUUAUUAUAUAGUGCAGCGUAUUCCACCGUUGACCACGUAUCUUACAUAUAAGUAAUAUUAUAAUAUCAUAGUCGACCACAGUUUUUUUUUUUUAAGGUCUUUUCUACUAGGAAACGCACGCGUAGGUACCGUACGCAAAAAGUGGCCCGCUAACGCUGCCGUCGCUGCCAUAUCCUAUUUACGAU